AUGUCAGCUGAAAACGCAGAGAUAAUUGCUACAAAACCACCGAAGAAUGCCAGUAAUAAAGAACAGUUUCAAAGGAUUAAUUAUCUUUAUCAACUAUCAAUGCAUUAUAAGAAUGCUAAUUUAGAUAUUUCAAGAACGUAUGUCAAUUUGUUAGACACCAUAAGUAAAAAAACAAAUACGAAGAUAUCACCAAAUAUAAAAAGAUCAUACUGUAAGAAAUGUAAACGAUUGAUAGAUUAUAAAGACCCGAAAAUGUUUAAAGUAGUAAAAUCAAAGAAUAAAAAGAAUGAUAAAUUCAUUAUCAAUUGUAAAUGUGGUUCUAAGAAAACUUUCCCAAUAGGACUCAACAGAGAUUACAAAACAUACACAGAGAAAGAAGGAAACCUACUGGAAAUAUAA